GAAGGGAAGCGGAAGCGCGGCAGACGCGGAGCUUCCCCGGGUGAUGUCGCCAGACAAGCGCCGACCGGGACGCUCUGUCCGGGCGGGGCUGGCGGCGGCUCUUCGGCUGUGCCCGUGAGUGCCCACCUGGAAGACUCCAGUGAAAAUUAAAGGGUGACAAGUUAGCAGAGGAAAGGAGUUGUUGUUUCCAUUCCAUGGAUCCCUUGGGUGCUCCUUCCCAGUUUGUGAAUGUUGAUAGCCUGCCAGGCUGGAGUGAUGCCUAUGAGGCCAAGCAGCUGGAUUGCCAUCAAAGUCCUGUUGAAAAAGGUCAAGUUGAUGUUAGAUCACCUUUUCCAUACAAGAAAGACAUCAAUGAAAAAAUAAUCUUGUGGAAAGGAGAUGUCGCAUUACUGAACUGCACAGCCAUUGUAAACACCAGCAAUGAGACUCUCACAGAUAAGAACCCAGUGUCUGAGAGUAUAUUCAUGCAUGCUGGGCCUGACCUGAAGGAUGAGCUCCAGAAGCUCAAAGGCUGCAGGACAGGCGAGGCCAAGCUGACAAAAGGAUUUAACCUGGCUGCGCGUUUCAUCAUUCACACGGUAGGCCCCAAGUACAAGAGCCGGUACCGCACGGCGGCCGAGAGCUCCCUCUACAGCUGCUACCGCAACAUCCUGCAGCUCGCCAAGGAACAGGCAAUGUGCUCCAUAGGAUUUUGUGUCAUUAACACUCUGAAAAGAUGCUACCCCUUGGAGGAUGCAACCCACAUAGCACUGCGCACAGUUAGGAGGUUUCUGGAGGUUCAUGGAGAGACUCUGGAGAAGGUGGUGUUUGCUGUCUCUGAGGUUGAAGAGGCCACUUACCAGAAGUUGCUACCUCUGUAUUUUCCAAGAUCGCUGGAAGAAGAGGUCCAAUCCUUGCCGUACCUCCCUGCAGAUAUUGGCAAUGCGGAAGGGGAGCCGGUAGUACCAGAGCGGCAGAUCAGGAUUACUGAAAAGCCAGGUGUUCCAGAUGAUGCUUCAGAUGAAGAGGGUCUGGAGGCAGAUCUGUCUUUCAUUGGGUCCCAUGCAUUUGCCCGCAUGGAGGGAGACGUUGAUAAACAGAGGCGGCUCAUCCUUCAGGGACAGUUGUCAGAGGCAGCACUGCAGAAGCAGCAUCAGAGGAACUAUAAUCGCUGGCUGUGUCAGGCAAGAGCUGAAGACCUCUCUGACAUUGCUUCUCUUAAAGCUUUGUACCAGACAGGUGUAGAUAACUGUGGCCGUACUGUGAUGGUGGUGGUUGGAAGGAAUAUCCCUGUAACAUUGAUAGACAUGGAAAAGGCUCUUCUGUAUUUCAUCCAUGUCAUGGAUCAUAUUGCAGUGAAGGAAUAUGUUCUGGUGUACUUCCAUACGCUCACAAAUGAUUACAAUCAACUAGACUCUAACUUCCUGAAGAAACUCUGUGAUGUUGUUGAUGCCAAGUACAAGAGGAACUUGAAGGCAUUGUAUUUUGUCCACCCAACAUUUCGUUCAAAGGUCUCGGCAUGGUUUUUCACAACCUUUACAGUCUCAGGGCUAAAGGACAAAAUCCACUAUGUGGAAAGCCUUCAGCAGUUGUUCACAGUCAUACCCCCAGAACAGAUGGAUCUUCCCCCUUUUGUCCUCGAGUAUGAUGCCAGGGAAAAUGGGCCUUACUAUUCUUCUUAUCCUCCAUCCCCUGACUUGUGAUCUGCAGUCCUGUGAUGCUGCCAGUUUCCCAGGAUCCAAUGACCUGAUGCCUGCCAAAACCCGUGCAUUUACCCGUGUACAGAAUUCAGAGAGAGGGUUUUCCUCCCCCAGCUCUGGUAUUUUUUACUGAUGAGAUAUUUUCAAGCACUCAAGCAAUCAGAGAACUUUAUGCCACUGUGAACUGUACAACUAUUUCAAAUAUAUUUAUCCAAUGGAAAAGCUGA